UUUAUUUUUCAAAAUGGAAUAUAAUUAAGUGAAAAAGAUAAUAGAUAUGAUUCACAAUUUUAAUCAAGAAAUGACAAAUUUUUUUUUUUCUUCUUAUUCCCUGAGUGGGAAUUAUGGAGUUGUUAGUAUCAUUAUGCCCUUUACCUUUCUACUAGCUCUGUUAUGAAUACUAACCAAUUUAUUAAAAAAAUAAAAAUAAAAAUCACAAUGGAGAUUCUUAGCAACAACUCCUCAUAUAUCUAUAUCAACUUCUCUAUUUAAGAUUCACCCCAUAAUCAUUCAUCAUAUUCAUAACAAAAAAAAAAAAGCUCAGCAGAUCUCUCUGAUCAUCAAGUCCACUUUCUAAUCAACUAAAAAUGAUGAAAAGUGAGUCCACUGCAAUUGAUGUACCAGAGUCCAGCGCUGUUCCUAAAGGAAAAGCAUCUCUCAUGGCAGCUACUAGAGAUGCAAAGGGAGGAUAUAACAAGGGGUUUGCAAUUUUUGACUUCAUUCUAAGGCUAGGUGCUAUAGUUUGUGCCCUAGCUGCUGCUUCUACCAUGGGAACCAGUGAUGAGAGCCUUCCCUUCUUCAAUCAGUUCUUCCAGUUCCAAGCUAGCUAUGACGAUAUUCCCACUUUUCAGUUCUUUGUGAUUGCAAUGGCAAUGAUUGCUGGUUAUCUAGUCCUUUCUCUUCCUUUCUCUAUAGUAUCCAUUGUUCGCCCCCAUGCUGCUGGACCAAGGAUCUUGCUCCUCAUUUUUGACACUGUGUCGCUUGCCCUGAACACCGCCGCUGCUGCGGCUGCGGCGGACAUAGUGUACUUGGCUCAUAAUGGGAAUUCAACCACAAAUUGGUUUGCUAUCUGCCAACAGUUUGGUGAUUUCUGCAGGAAAGUGAGUGGGGCUGUGGUGGCAUCGUUCGCUUCAGCUGUGGUUUUCAUGUUGUUGGUCAUCAUGUCUGGUCUGGCUCUCAGAAGGCAAUAAGAAAAUAUAUAUAAAAAUAAGGAUAAUGCAUGGACACCAUCUCCGCUUUGUCCAUCUGUAAAAUUCUCAUUAAUGUUUCUUUUGUGUGAUCCUGUCCUGUGAUGGAGAAUGUAGUGUAAUUAAGUGUGGAUUUUAAUUUCAGUGGAAAUUAAUGUAUUCUUCUUACAGUCUUACAUAUCUGUUUAUGCUAAAUUAUUGAUUUAAUAAAGUUUUUGCCUGUGCUUAAAGAUUCAA